AUGGCAAAUUUCACCAGCCUAACUAGGGUAAAAAGAAAAGAUACUUCAUUGUCUCAGCUGAUGAUGCUGCAAACCAGACAUCACAAACUGGUGGCUCCUGGGCCAAGUCCAGAACCGGAGAUAGGAGCUGCAAGCAGCCAGAGGCUUCGGGUGUUGUCCUGGAUUGAGAAGAUGUUUCUUCAGUUACUAGAGAUAGAGGAGGGCCAGAAGAAUGGGCCUCCACAGUCCUGCUACUCUGAGCAGCAGAAAAACCAGGUUGAGAAGCUCUUCCAGGCCUUAAAGACCCAGGAGCAGGAUAAUCUGGAGGAGGCAGCAGAUGGCUUCCUGCAGGUGCUCUCUGUGAGGAAGGGGAAAGCCCUAGUGGCCCGGCUGCUCCCCUUCCUGCCCAGGGAUCUAGCUGUCAGCCUUCUUCUGGCUAUCAACCACCAUCUGCCACUCCUGGUCAAGAGGGAUGCAGCUGAUCAGGUCCUACAAAUGUUAUUCAAGCCUCUGGGCAAAUAUAUCAGACACUUGACCCUCCAAGAACUCCUCCAAGGACUUCAGGGACUAAUGCUGCUUCCACCUGGCUCCUCAGAGAGGCCAGUCACUGUGGUGCUUCAGAAUCAGUUUGGAAUAUCUUUGCUCUACACCCUGCUGAGUCAUGGGGCACAGCUGGUAUCCCUGGAUCCAUCCCUGGAGGAACCCAGCAGUGACCAUACAGCUUGGACAGACACAGUGAUUUUGAUCGCCUGGGAAAUAGCUCAGAUGCCUACAGCCUCUUUGGCUGAACCCCUAGCCUUCCCCACCAACCUCCUUCCCCUGUUCUGUCGCCACAUGGACAAACAAUUGAUACAGCAGCUAGCAGGG